AAUUGGGCUCUAGAGCAACAAGUAGUCCCCUGUCUUGGACACACUCAGUUCCUCUCCAUCACACUUUUCUGCAACAUGUGAAAAACCUUUUGUUCUAAUAAAUAUCCGUGAAACAGCAAACGCCGCACAGCCUGCUGCAUUUUCCCCAGCGGUCUACUCUCCGUUUACCGCUCCAAUAUGGCGACCGCGCAGACGCACUUCAAAUCGCGAGCGCAGGAUCCACGUUUCUCUGCGAGCGCCAGUCUCCGGUCCGUUUACCUGCGGAAGGUUUCAAACUCGCUAGCAGAGCGUUUUUGAAAAUAAGUUUUUACGUUUUUACCCGCAUUCUGCUUUCCGCCAUUUCUUCUUCUUCUUCAGUCGCGACCAAAGUGUAACGCGACGUUAACGGCUGUAACGUUGUAAUAAUAAGGAAUGGACUACAAACCGUCCUUUGUGUACCUGCCUGGGUCCACCCAGCUGCGGCUCCAGGCCAGCCCCGAAGCUGCCAGGGCGGCCCGGCAGAGCAGACAGGAGGCCAGCGAGCCCCUCCACCUCAAGUCCGCACAGAGGGCAGAGGCAGACGCCUGGGGGCGGGUCACGGCCCUGGGGGGGGAUCCGGCUGACCGGAGACACAUCCUCAGCAGGACUGAGGUGCUGUUCGGUCGGUACAGGGGCCGGACCUUCCAGUGGCUGCUGACCCACGACGUCGGCUACGCGGCGGCAGUGCUGGCUAGCCACGAGAAAGAGUGUGAGGGGGGAGACAGCAGCGGCACCCCCGUCAAGUGCAACAAGGACUCCCUGCUGGAGUACGCCCGACUCUUUCCUGCUAUGGCUGCCGCCAUAGCUGACAAGCAGAGGACGGACGCAGAGGGCGACCGGCUGGUGGGCUUCGGCACUUACAGAUCCCUGACCUACAGGCAGCUGUAUGAGACAGUGAAUGCAAAGCUCAGCAACUACAGGAACUGGGUCCGGCAGCUGACCGUCAACGCCGGCUGCCAACUCGCGCAGCUGCAGCAGUAUGUGGUGAGGAGGGACGAGGAGCCGCAGCAGUCUGUGGUCAGGAGAGACAAGAAGCUGCAGCAGUCUGUGGUCAGGAGGGACGAGGAGCUGCAGCAGUCUGUGGUCAGGAGGGACGAGGAGCCGCAGCAGUCUGUGGUCAGGAGGGACGAGGAGCUGCAGCAGUCUGUGGUCAGGAGGGACGAGGAGCUGCAGCAGUCUGUGGUCAGGAGGGACGAGGAGCCGCAGCAGUCUGUGGUCAGGAGGGACGAGGAGCCGCAGCAGUCUGUGGUCAGGAGAGACAAGAAGCUGCAGCAGUCUGACUCCGCCUCCUCAGCUGUUGCCGCCUCACCUCCAUCCUCCACAGCCCGCUCCACCGGCCGGUCCCCCUCAGCCAGACCGGCAUGCUCCAGCAGGGCUGUCCUUGCUCCGUCUGCACCCUCCACCUCGUCCUCCACCGCCCAGCGGGCUGCUUCACCACCUCCUCAGCGCCCCCGGUCGUCCUCGUCCACUGCGAGGAAGAGAAAGGCCAGGGUCCUGUCAAAUUCCUCGGAGGAUGAGGACGACCGGCUGGAAGCUGCAGGUGCUGAGCAGGAGACGGCUGCUCCAGCAUCUUCUCCACCACCACUACCACCACCACCUCCUCCUGUGCCAGGAAGGGCUCCACCUCCCCCGCCUGCUCCUCCAGCUCAGCUCCUCCUGCCUGCAGCUUGGAGGAGAACCCUGCCUGUAGAGCAGCAGGAGUGGGUCAGCAAGGCCCUGUUUGUUAAGGACCAGACAGGGAGGGCAGUCCUGUCUCAGGAGCUCCAGCUGUGGUACAACCCGCCUGGUCCCCAGUUGGUCUACAGCCAGCGUCCCUCCACCCCUGACGCCUUCUUCCAGCGGCCCUUCUUCUUCUGGGCCCCGUACCGCAUGUGGCAGUACCACCUCAAGUGUCCAAACUGCGCUCACAAACUGACGGGCUGUGGCAUCUACAAGACUGUCCGCAAAGUCCUGGACCUUGACGGCUGGUACUACAUGGCCACAGAGUACCUGGAGUGCAGGUCCUGUAAGAAGAAGGUAGCCGGCUGGGCAGAGUGCGUCAGGAAACAGCUGGACGUCCACCACCAACAGCUCUUCCCUGCAGUGCUGGCGUACAAGAUCUCGUGCGACAGGAAGGUGCUGGCUCAGAUGAAGGGGCGCACACUGGGCAACAGCGUCAGCCGCCUUCGCUCGUUCCUCGUGGAGCAGCACACGGCAGAGUGGAUGAGGCGGGGGACUCACUACCUGCACACCUGCUGGAAUUUCAAGGUCCCUGGAGUGCAGAUGCCCCGUCUUCCCGCGCUGCCGAAGAUGGAGCCUGUACCCAGCAACAGCUGGCUCCUGUCCACCUACACCAGGGACUCCUUCACCAGGAUUGAGGAGCUGAGGGCGAAGGUGACCUCAACCUUCGGCUCCAUCCUGAAGAUGAACUCCACCAAGAAAGUGACCAGGAAGCUGGCCGGGGCGGACGCUGGUACCACUCAGUGGAUGACCAGUGUGGGCAACGAGCUGGGGCAGGUGCUGAUGUCUGUCCUGACGGCGGCCGAGGGCUACGGGCUGAGGGACAUGGCGAAGGGCCUGCAGGAGCGGUACCAGCGAGCAGGGAAGGACCCUCCACAUGUCCUGUACGUGAACAGCGGCUGCUGCAGCGGAGACGGAGGAACCUGUGCAGCAACCGCUCUGUUCCCAGCGUGGGCGCAGAUGUCCAUCAGGCUGGACAUCCGGCACUUUUUGCGCAGGCUGGCGGCAGGUGUGACCUCGGAGAGCCACCCCCUCUACCCAGAUUUCAUGCGGAGUCUCUCUGGCUGCAUCUUCGAGUGGGACCCGGAGGACCUGUCCCGCUUGAGGAGGACAAACGUGAUGUCCGUCAAGGAGAUGUCUCGGCAUUGUCGCCGCCGCACACGUGGGGCGCAGGAGACCGAGCGUCUCCUCGAUGAGACGGUGGAGGCGUUCAUGGGUGCCACCGACACCAUGAACAUCCCACUGCUGGACCGGGACCGGAUGAAGGAGAUCUGGAGCACCCAGAGGAAACACAUCACCUGUAUCCAGGAUCCUCCUGGUGUCCACCUCCACACCAGGACCGGUCAGGUGACCAAGGGUGGGGUGACUCUCCCCGUCUACCGCUGUGCCCGAGGGUCAGCGUCGCUGGAGUCGUUCCACAUGCACCUCAACAGGUUCAUCCCGGGCACCACUGCCAGAGAAUGCUACUUCCAGAUAUACCUGUUGGAGGGGUUGACACGGUGGAACCAGGACCGGGCCCAGGCGGCUGCGGGCGGAGCCAGCACCGGGACGAAGUGCUACAGCGGCCAGGAGCAGCACAACUUCAACAAGCUGACUCAGCACUUCUACGGGCUGCCGCUGGCUGAGAGCUACACCGAGCCGCUGGAGUACACGGGGGAGCUGAUCGGGAUCAGCUACCUCUACGGGCAGAGCGGACGGACGCUGCAGGACUUCCCCGACGGCAGCGAGGAGCUGAACGUUGAGGAGGAGGAGGAGGAGGAGGAGCUGCUGGACAACUUGGAGGAGGUUGUUGGUGAUGAGGAGUUUGAUAACUUCCGCUUAGACUGCUUAGAUCCAUUACAGCAGCCUCCACCCCAGCAGCAGCUGCAGCCUCCACCCCAGCAGCAGGUGGAGCCACCUCAGCCUGAGCCCUCCUCCCAGCCGACCCCCUGAAUCAUCUUCUGGUAGUCGGGAGGAAGCAGUCAGCAGCUCUGCGGUCCGCGUUGGCGCUGAAGGAGCUCCUGGUUACCAGCACGUGGUCCGGCUGGCCCAGAGUCUGGUGGCGCUCUGCAAGAAGGGCUACAUCACCCAGGCUGAGGUGGAGGAGAUCGUUGGUCUUUGGGAGAACCUCCCC